UAACUGAUUUUACUGAACCGAGAGGCUUCGACAGCUUAAAACACGUUUAAACUACAAAACCAGAUUCAGAAGUUCUGAGAGAAGAAAUUUGUGUUCGCAACAUUGCUGGAUGGAGAAGUAAACCUUCUGGGAACAGAGUCAUGGCUGUUCAGGCUGGCAUCCAGGUUUGGUUCGGUGAGAAGUUUGACUCCCCUCUGCUGAGUCCCAGGGGCCCUCGUAGCCCGUUGGGGCAGCGGCACGGCCCCGGCCUCGCCAACGUCUUCGAGUACGACCAAUGGCUCGCGGUGCGCCACGAGGCCACGCUGGUGCCCAUGCAGGAGGACCUGGCCAUCUGGCUCAGCGGCAUGUUGGGAGAUGAGGUGAAAGCUGAGUUCUUCAUGGAGGAGCUGAAUAACGGUGUGAAGCUCUGCCGACUCAUCGGAGUCCUGCAGGACAAAGUCGCGCAGAUCUGCCCGUCUGCUCUCAGCAAGCUUUUUCCAACCAGGAAAGUUGCGUGUAAGUGGGACGCCUCUCCGGGUUCCUUCUUCGCUCGCGACAACACGGCCAACUUCCUGGCCUGGUGUCGACACAUCGGGGUGGAGGAAACCUACCUGUUUGAGUCGGAGGGCCUCGUUCUGCACAAGGAGCCUCGGCAGGUUUGUCUCUGUCUGCUGGAGAUCGGCCGCAUCAUCUCAAAGUACGGCGUGGAGCCUCCUGUCCUGGUGAAGCUGGAGGAGGAGAUCGAGCUGGAGGAGACGCUGCUGCUGGCGGAGGAGCCUCCUCCAGCUGUGAAAACCUUCAGCGUGUGCUGCCAGCACGGCGCCCUCUACCAGCCCGAGGAGCUGAACAUGGACGAGCCCGUCUGCAACUGCUCCAACAGAGUCUCCAUCGAGUACCUGUCUGAGGGCCGCUACAGACUGGGAGAUAAGACCAUCUUCAUCAGGAUGCUUCAUGGGAAACACGUGAUGGUGCGUGUGGGCGGCGGCUGGGACACGCUGCAAGGCUUCCUGUCUAAAUACGACCCGCUGCGGGUGCUGCAGUUCACCACUCUGGAGCAGAAGAUUCUGGCCUUCCAGAAGGGUCCGCCGGGUCUGGGUGGUCAGCAUGGCAACGCUGCUCCACCCCCUCCCCCUGACAUGGACCCCCUCGCUGCCGUCGACGACCUCGUCUCCUCUGCUUCCUCCUCCAGCUCGUCUUCCUCCUCUUCCUCAGGCUCGGUGUGCCAAGCGCCUGCGCCCGCUGCAGGUCUAACAUGUCGCUCCUGCACCCCUUCGCCCACCCUGCCGCAGAAAGGUUUGGUUUCAGCAACAAGAAAGAACCUCGUGACGCCACCCUCCUCGCCCAGGAAGCCCACCCAGCUCCCCCUGCCCAUCGGCACCAAAGGCUCCGCCUCUAUGCCCUCCUCUCCUGUGGGGACCUCCUGCAGACCUCCCCCCAGCUCAGGGGGACAGCGCAGAGCUGUAACCCCAUCAGCUGCUCCCGUUAACUCGAGCUGCUCCUCCUCUAAGCUGAAGGUCCGACCUCACGGCGCCGCCUCCCACCCCAGGAGCCCCGUCUGCCCUGAGCCGUCUUCCAAAUGCCCCAAACCCUCCAGCCGCUGCGCCUCCCCCGCCCCGACACCCUUACCCGCCUCCAAAGAUGCCCGGCCCCCCACGAGCGCCAACCAGCGCUCUCGCCUGGCCCAGCGGCGCCCCGGCUCUCCAGCCUCRCGGCUCCGCCUCGAAGCGAUCAGGCGAGUGAGGACUCCGAGAGCAGCUGCCACAACGGCCUCACAGUCCCGGACCCCCACCCMCUCCUCACGAACAGUCUCCCCAGCACCAGGAAAACCCACCACCACCAAGGGCAAAGAGACCACAGCUAAAAGCAAGGUACCGGUACCAAACAGGACCACUGCAGCCCCUGGGGGCAGCUCGGACCCCUCAAACUAUCAGAAAWCAGCAGCACAGAGGGUGGGCCGCAAACAGGUAGCUGCACUGCCCCCAAACAACACAAAGUCAUCCCUACAACCUGAACGCAGUCGAGUCCCGGCCGCAAAAAGCAGCGCCGACAUCAAGACCACAGUCGCCAAAAAGCCCUCCCAGAUGAACGGCAGCAAGGAGGAGCCUUAUUUUGAAAUGAACAGUAAGAGGAAGCAGAAAACGUGACGCCUCCUGCAGACCCUGUCUCACUAACAGACCCCCUCAAACACGUCUUUGUUUUAUCUUUUUAGUUUUUCCUGAGAUCUGUUCAUCUCUGACACAAACUCACCUUCAAACUUGCACAACGUUUACAUUUUUACAACCGUUUUUUUWAUUAUUUAGUUUUUAACCUAAAAUAAAGAAACUGGACUCGGCUUCUGACCCGUGCCUUCAGAACUUUGGUUUCUGAGCAGCUUUUGGAAUGCUUCUGGGUUACUGAGGAAACGUGCACAGCCUGCUCUCACUCAGGACUUUUCAGAUUAAACUACUGAUCAAAGAAAACUAUUCAAAGCAAUAAUAUUUCAGAACUUCUACUUAUUUUGUAUUUUUCUGUAAAAUCUAGUUUUUCUAUGUUGUGUUUUUAGUUUGUAUUAUUUUCUUGGCACUUUACUCAUCAGUCUGAAUGUUUGUUGUUCCUGAUCAAUAAAUGAAGAAAUAGUUUUAAAAUCA